UGAUUCGGUGUUCGAGGAAGCCGUAAUACAGAGUAAUCGGAAAAUCCGAAGCGAGGGGAAGAAGAUGAAGCCGCUGGGGUGCUGGCUGGUGCUGGUGGGUUCCCUCCGAUUGGCCUCCGUCUGGUUCGGCUUCUUCGACAUCUGGGCUCUCCGUCUCGCCGUCUUCUCCAACACCACAAUGACUGAAGUUCAUGGAAGGACAUUUGGAGUUUGGACCCUCUUGACAUGCACUCUCUGCUUUCUUUGCGCAUCCAACCUUGACAAUAAACCCUUAUACUUGGUUACCUUCUUGUCAUUCAUCUAUGCAUUUGGUCACUUCUUGACUGAAUACCUCAUAUAUCAAACAAUGGCUAUCACAAACCUGACAACAGUUGGCAUCUUUGCAGGUACAUCCAUAGUAUGGAUGCUGUUGCAGUGGAAUUCUCAUCAAAGGGUUCCUAUUAAGCAGUCUUGAAUUUUGGAAGUCAUUAUCAAUGCCGGUUGUUCCCGUAGCUGACAAGGGUAUUCUCAACUCUUCAAGCUUUUGUGGAUCAGGCGCGUUCUCUACCUGCCGAUGUGGUGUCAAGCUUGAGGAGUAUUCGGGGAUGCAAUUGGUGUUUGGAUGUGUUGCUAUGGACUUCCACAUUCUCAAGUGUGGAUUCUUUUCAUGAUGAUCUUCAAUACGUUCUGGAAUUUAAAGUCGUCUUGCUUGUCGUUGACCCUAUCCCCGGAUAAAUUUUUUCGCCAGAAAAGUUGGCAAAUGUACUUUGUGAUUUAUAUAC